GCCACAUUGCUUUCAAUUCGAGUUUCCACUGGCAAAUAUGAAGAUACUGGCUCUUUUCGUUACCAUUCUGGUUGUUGUGGCCGUGGUCCAUGGUCAAGGGGAAGGAAAGUCCCAAAACCUGAAUCACAAUGUGAUCGUUAUUGGACCCAACAAAGGUGCUCCUGCUCCUGCUGCUGCUCCUGCAGCUGAAGCUGCGCCUCCUUCUUCCGCAAAUGCCCAAUACCCUUAUGCCUUAUAAAGCGAUCGCCUUUAAGAUGUCCAGGCCAAUUUAUUUCUAAUAAAACGAAGCCCUUAUAACAUUAUACAUAU